UUAAAAAACUACAGCUUCGACCAAUAGCGAUACCACCAUCAGUGCCCAAAAAGAAACAACCAACGCCCUCACCCACCCGAAAAUACACGAAGUUUCCAGCCUUCCGGACACCACCACGACCGCCGUCGCCGGUGAAUCAAGAUCGCCGCCUCCGUCAUGGGGGCUACUGCAGAACCCGCGGUGGAGAGAGAGAGUGAAGGUGGGGGAAGAGGAACAGAGGAGGAGGGGAGAGAGGAGAAAUUAGGCGGUGAGGAAUUGAAGGAUGUGGAGAGAGGCGAGGUGGGAUUUCGAAAAGGAGUGGAUGGUUCUUAUCAGCACCCGACGGAAUAUAAUGCUUCGAUGUUGCGGGGGUUGCACCCGACGAACCCUUUGAGGAUUGUCAUCAAUGGAGGGACGAGAGUGACUACUCCUUCUCCUGUUCAUGCUUCCAUACCUCGCUCCACACCUACCCCUUCUUAUCCCUCCGUCCCUCGCUCCACACCUACUCCUCAGUCCAUAACAACACUGAACUCAAGAAAAUACACAAACAAGUUCUCUCUCUUCCUGUUCCUCCUGCACUUGGUGAUAGCAGUCGGUUUAGUUGGUUUUCUCGUGUUCAAGGGGAUUCAAGGUCUUAUAGAGUCAUCAGAGGACAUUAAAAAAUGGGAAAAAACUGUGCUGAAGUACUAUGUUCCACAAGUAGAAGCUGCAUCCUUUCUAAGUAUCACUCUUGCAUUUGCUUGGCAAAAGGCUGUGAGGGAAUGGCCUAAGUUGAUGGUCCCUUUCAUAUUGUGGAGCACUUUCGUCACAUCAUUGUCUGCCGGAGCUCUGCUACUUUGCUUCCAGACGCCUCCUACCGAUGGCGUAGGAGUCUGUUUUAUUGCAUUUGCCAUUUGCAAUGGCUUAUAUGCGUGCUGGGUUUCGCAACGGACUAAGUUCUGUUGCAUUAUGUUCUUGAAAUCGCUGGAGCCUCUUUCAAAGUUCCCAGACAUAAAUCGACCCAUAUAUGCAAUGCUUGGAGCUGGAUUUCUAUGGAUGUCUCUGUGGAACUUAGCUGUUAUAGGGGCGUUGAACUUCAAAUUUACUCCAUUGAUCAUAAUUUUAUUGGCAUUGAGCUUGGCUUGGGUGACUGAAGUUAUGAGAAAUAUAGCGAAUAUAACGGUUAGCCGGGUCAUUGCUUUGUAUUAUCUGAGAGGAAUGCAAUCUAGUACUCAGUUUUGCUUCCAGAGAGCAUUGACGUACAAUUUGGGAAGUGCUUGUCUUGGAUCUCUUUUUGUUCCGACCAUCGAAGCGCUGAGAAUUGUUGCUCGAGGUUUAAAUUUGCUUCAGGGAGAAGAUGAAUUCAUGUUUUCUUGUGCAAAUUGCUGCCUCGGUUUGAUGGACUUCAUCUUCAAAUUCGGUAAUGGCUGGGCCUUUGUGCAGAUAGCAGCGUAUGGAAAAGGCUUUGUGAAAGCAUCACAAGAUACAUGGGAACUAUUCGAGAGACAAGAAAUGGUGCGCAUUGUUGAUUCAGACAUCACCAGCUCAAUUUGCUUUCUCACUGGCGUUUGUAGUGGCUCAAUCUGUGUCAUCGUAGCUGCUGCUUGGACUGUCAAAGUACACGGAGGCUUCACUGCCACAAUUUCCCUACAUGCAUUCUGCGUUGGGUACCUAAUGACCAGAAUUGCCAUGGCACUGCCUUAUGCUUGUGUGAGUUGCUACUAUGUGUGUUAUGCGGAGAACCCACAGAAUAGGCUUUUUGACGAAACGAUAAGGGACCGUCAAAAGAUGAUAGAAUCGCGUCAGGAGGUGGUCGUGCCAACCCCAAGAGUGCCUGCUCGGUUCCGAAGAGCGUAGCCUGCACAGCCAUAAAUCUUCGAGGAAUCGGAUAUGUGAAAAAGCAAUCGUGCAUGGAGAGGAAUCGUGGGAUUUUAGAGCCGUGGCCAAAUUUUCAUUCUUGACGUGGAUAUACGCGUGUCGAUACGGAUAUGGAUCCGGGUCAAAUUGGAGCGGAGGUAGUUUUUCCCAAGAGGAUCGUGAAGAACACAAAAGGAUGUGUGAAAUGGUGAAAGUCGAGCAAUUAUUGGAGUACUCGAUAUUGGAGGAAAUGUGGAGAGCCCACUCAAGAUUCUUAUCCACAAGGCUACAAGGCGAGCAAAGUUGCUUUUGGCACUGCUUUAUCGCAUAUACUUGGAGUAUAUUCGGUACAGAGGGCUCCCACCAUCAUUAUUUAAUUGCUGUGCCCAGUUCUGUCUGUUAACCCCACAGCCAUCGAUUCAUUCAAGAUUACUUCUGUACGUAAAAUCUUGUUUUUUUUUUUUUUUCAUCAUCAGGUAGGUCAGUUUCGUGAAUUCUACUCAACUUGUAAAUAGCGUUCUCAUCUUGUUUUCCCCUGUAAGAAAAUCGAAUUAUGUAUGUAGCAGGAGGAAGGAUUUAGCUGUUUUCUUUAUUAUUCUUUGGCCGGUAGCCCUUUAGCCGCAAAGAAAUCCGCUCACGACUCGGGCCUGAUUUA